AUGAAUAAAAAGACCACAGUUUUGUAUAAAAAAACAAAGCUAAAAAAGGAUGAUUUUUCUUAUCUUUUUAAACUACAAGCAAAUGGUGGCUCCAUAGACAGAGUCAGAAGGAACCCAGAAUCAACUUCUAGAGAGAAGCUGGAUGUGAUUAAAGAAGAGAGAGAGAGGGAGUCGGUUGGGCGGGUCCCACUUACUCAUGGGGUGGUGUCCGUCCGUGACAAAGCCGUAUGGUAUGGUCCUCUUCCGUAUACGGUCUGCCCCC